AUGACGCCUAUCGUCAUCCUCUCGCUCUUACUCUCCUUAUUACCCUCUUCCAUCCGAGCGGCCUCUACCUUUUCCCCGGCUCGCCCACCUGCCCAGCCUCUAGCGGUCAAGUCUCCCUACCUGAGCGCCUGGCAAGAAGCUGGUAGCGAUGGUGGUAACGGUGGUUACCUAGCUGGUCAAUGGCCAACCUUCUGGGCUGGUGCCACUCUCGGAUGGACUGGUCUGAUCAAUGUUGACGGAUCCUCUUACUGCUGGAUGGGAGCUCCUCUGCACUUCAACACUGUCGACCAGGUUUCAUACAACUACACUAGCUCUUCUAGCACCUAUGUUCUUUCUGUUGAUGGCAAAGUGCAAAUCACUGCCACUUUCACCUCUCCUAUUACUCCCGAUGACUUCAAGCGCCAGUCUUUGAUUUUCUCAUACCUCAACGUUGACGUCGUUUCCUUGGAUGGAAGCGAACAUGAUGUUCAACUUUACUCCGAUAUCUCUGCUGAAUGGGUUUCCGGUGACCGUGGCCAAGUUGCCCAGUGGGAAUACGGCACCAACGACAGCGUUGCUUACCACAAGGUCUACCGCCAGAACCAGGGCAACUUCCAGGAAGUCAAUGAUCAGACCGAAUACGGUAACUGGUGGUACUCGACCACGACCGACAAGGGGUACACCUACCAGUCCGGUAUUGACGUUGACGUUCGUGCCCAGUUUGGCAACCAUAGCACUCUCACCAACGCCGCCGACACCAACUACCGUGCUAUCAAUAGUGACUGGCCUGUCUUUGCCCACUCUUUCGACCUCGGCUCUGUCGGUACUACUUCUACUAGCCGCCUCUUCACCGUCGGUCUUACCCAGCAGGAUGCCAUUCAAUUCCUCGGUGCUGAUGGCGUUGUUCCUCUUCCUUCUCUCUGGACUCAAUACUUCCCCGACGAGGUCUCUGCUGUCGUUUUCGUCCAAGGUGACUACGCAACUGCUAGCUCUUUGACUGCCAAGCUCGAUGCUAAGGUCCAGUCUGAUGCCGCCGCUGUCAGCGAUGACUACGCUACUCUCGCUACCCUUUCUCUUCGACAGGCCUUUGGUGGCGUCCAGCUCGUCGGAACCAACGACACCCAGUACCUCUUCCUCAAGGAAAUUUCUUCCGACGGUAAUAUCCAGACCGUUGAUGUUAUUUUCCCCGCCCACCCCGCCUACGUCUACACCAACCCUCUCUUGAUGAAGUUGUUGCUAGAACCCUUGUUCGUCAACCAGGAAGCUGGCCAAUACCCCAACAGCUGGUCGAUGCACGAUCUCGGUUCUCACUACCCCAACGCCACCGGCCACACUGACGGCAAAGAUGAGCAAAUGCCUCUAGAAGAGUGUGGUGACAUGCUUAUCAUGGCUUUGGAAUACUACCUUGCUGCCAACGACACUGACUUCCUCACCAAGCACUACAAGCUCCUCGACCAGUGGACUCAGUUCCUCAUCCAGGAGGCACUGUACCCCUCCAACCAGAUCUCCACUGACGAUUUCGCCGGUCCUUUGGUCAACCAGACCAACCUUGCCCUCAAGGGUAUGAUCGGUAUCAAAGCCAUGUCCGUUAUCGCCAACGUCACUGGUAACAACGCCUCUGCGUCAAACUACAGCUCCAUUGCCACCGAUUACAUCACCCAGUGGCAGACUCUUGGCUUCAAUACCCAAGCCAGCCCUGCUCAUGCCAAGUUGAACUACAACAACGAUAGCAGCUGGGGUCUUUUGUACAACUUGUACGGCGACAAGGCUCUCGGACUGGACCUUGUUCCUCAAUCCGUUUACGACACUCAGAGCACCUUCUACCUGACGGUCAACGACACUUAUGGUGUCCCAUUGGACACUCGCCACAGCUACACCAAGGGUGACUGGGAAUCUUGGGUUGCCGCCGUCUGCUCCGACGAAGUCUCCGAAAUGCUGUUCAGCGAACUCGCCAAAUGGAUUAACGUCACACCUACCAACCGCCCUCUUACCGACUGGUACGACACCGUCAGCGGUGACUACAACGGAGGCCCCUUCAUUAACCGUCCAGUCAUGGGUGGUGUUUUCGCCAAGCUUGUGCUUGACAUGGGUCUUCACCCAUAA